AUGCAUCAGGAUGCUGAUAUUACGAGUGGCAUUGAGAGGCCUCACUGUGCCAAGCUGGAUGCUAUCGCUGGGAUUCAGAUCGGAAUUCUUUCGGAGGACUCGGAAAAAUCACCUGAUCUGCAGGCCACCUUCCAAACUCCCUCCUCCUUUGAUCCCUUUAAAACCUGGGGUCAACCACUGGGCUUGCCACCCCCACAUAAGCCCCCAAAAAUUGGUAAGCACAUUUACUUUAGAGAUUCACCUUUAAUAUUAAAACUUGUUCUCAGCUAA